UGCAUAUUCAUGGAAUGUGAUAGUGACCAUCUUGUUUGUAUAUGUUGGUUUUUUGUCUUUUAAACUUGCCUCACUUGUUUUUGUAGUUCAAAUUCAGUUUAGCAGUAUAGUUGUAGAACAUUUCAGUGUGAAUAUUCUUAUUCCACUAAAACACUUUCCAAUUCUUCAAGAUUCAUUGCUUGAGAAUGAGAUAUUCAAAGGUUCAGAAGACUAUCUUUUAGUAAAGAACAGGAAUAGCAUAUUCAAAGACAGCUUCCAUGCUUUAGUACUUGUGCUACAAGCAAAGUUUAACUUAUUUGUUUUUUAGUUCCCGGUUUAAAUUUACGUCUUUGUAUCUCCUUUUCUUUUAUUGGGUGGAUCCCUUCAGUCCUAUUUUAGACAUUCCUACUUGGAAAACUUUGAUCUGGGACUGGUGAAAGCCCCUAAAGCAGAUUAUGCGGUCUACUUCUGUGACUGUCUAUUCAAGGCUCAACCUUUAAAUUUUCUUCAGCUUAUAGAGAUAGGUCUAAAGCUAUUUUCUCAAGCAAUGAAGAUCAUUUCCUAGGAACAAUAAUUCUCCUAGGUUUAUCUUUUUGGCAAUAAUGCUUACUUCCUCCAUACGGUUUGAGGUAGGGGGCACAAGGCCCUAUGACUUUUGAAAACUGAGUAAGCAUUUUAGAGUUCUGAUUUCCUUUGGCGGGUUUGUAGUGAGGAGGUCCCCUUGGUAGCUGCACAAAUCAAAGCAAAGGAAGAGAGCCUAGAAUGGACCCAUAUAAGAUAUACUAAAGCAACAAGGGUAAUAAACUUUUCUGUCUUAUUGCUUAUGCUCUCAGUCCUCGCUCGCUCUCUCUCUCUCACAUAACAUUCCAAUCUUUCAACUUCAAAUAGGACAAACCAAUCCCCUUAAAUAGGACCAUCCAUUCCUUACCCGCCAAGCUUAUUUUUACCAAAAAUACUUUGUUCUGCCCUGCUCUCUCACCCCUUUUCUUUGUUCCUGCUGGUAUACUCGUCAUCUUAUGCACGUUUCUUCUCUUCACAUUAACAUGGCUAUUGUGACUUCUUUCAUAGACACCAUCAGUGGCUUGCAAUUCUCCUUUAGCUUAAAGUUGUAGGAGAAGACAGAGGGAGUAAAAUGGGAAGAGGCAGCAGGGUUCCGAGGGCUCUAUUUGGAGCUUUUGUAUUUGUGGGAGUUAUUUGGUUACUUUGUGUUGGAAUAAUGACAGACAAUGCUAGUGUAGCAGUGAUGACGAUGACACCACCACCACCUCCUGGUGAUUUUGAGCAUCUGAAUUUGAUUGGAAGGGAGAGUAAUCCUGGUCGUCGUCGUCGUCACCGUAAUGUUGGUUUCCAUUUCGUGAGCAAGAGAAGAGUACCUAACGGUCCUGAUCCUAUCCACAACAGGUACCCAAGUUUAGAUUUCUUUGUACAUCCAGUGGUUAUAUUGAAUUCAGAUUGUAUGUUAUGCCAUGUAUUUCCUUGAACACAAUGAUUUGAAAUGAUGAUUGAAUGAUCUACUCUUUUAUAAAAUAUAAUAUCUGUAUGUAUA